AUGGCGCACUUCUUCCUGAUGCAAGGCAAGAUGGAUGAGGUCGCGAAGAAGUUCUUUGCCGUCACGCAGGAGGCGAAUGAUGCCCUUCCAUCUGAGGUGGCAGCCGUCACAAAGAUUCAGUCCGUGCACCGAGCCUCGCAGAUCCGGAGCGUCUACCAUGCAGUGGUGGCUGCUGCGCUCCUCAUCCAGCGGAUGAUCCGCGGAUGUCUGGGAAGGAGACGAGCCAAGUCUUUGAGCAUUGAGCGUACAAACAAGCUACAGCUACACUUCUUCCACCACUGUGCUGCCAUGAUCCAACGCCUUUGGCGUGGGUGGUGGAGCCGAUUGCAUGUGCACGAUUUCUACAUGCGCAGAGAUUAUCUCGUCAAGGUGGAGCAGCGAGGGCAGUGGACGCAGGACUUCCUGGCAUCGGAGCACAAGGAGAAGCUUCAGGUCGCCAAGAUGGAGGAGGAGUUGAAGGUCCGUCAAGAGUUUGACACUCUUGCAGGUGAUCUGCAUCACCUCAUGAGCACGAGAAGUAUCCCAGGAGUGUACAAUCCACCCUACAGCGACCUUCUGCCCAAAGCUUUCGAGAAGCCUAUAGAAGACCACCUCCGCGAUGCGUGUCGGGUGCAGCUGCCGAUGGCGAUGCGAAGGCCUCGGCACACGAACUUGCCGUCGCCACGGGGAUCCACGAACUAUGGCUCAUCACAGGCGGAGAGGCUUGGCUACGACUUGUCGGCUCCUCCCCAGGAUCUGCCGGAGCGAGCUCCCCAUUACUCCCGUACGGCCAGCACUGGUCGCUUGCGCAAGAUUCAGGGGCCGUUCAGGUCCAAAGAACAGAUUGAGGUGGCGAAUAUCAAAGCUGCCAACACAUACAGAAGCAUUCAAGCCUCUUCCGCAUACGACGCAGUGGAGGACGACCGACGAAUGCAGGAGAGGAUUUCAAAGUUGACACGAUCCUCUCCGGUGGACUUCGCAGCUCCUGGCCGCGUCAAAGAGAGGGGACUUCCAUACAAAGACCGCCCACUCAGCCUCCGGGGCGAUUAUGUAGAGCUGCCAAAGAUCCGGGACAAGCCACCGUUCUUCGCUGCACUCGGGCCGGGCAAGCAGUUCACGGACUACGACGAACAGCCCUUGCUCCCGCACGGCCAUGUUUGA